GUUCCGCCCCACGGACGCCGCUGCCGCUGCUCUUGCUCCAGUAGCCCUCCACCCUCGCAGGAGACAAGGCUUCGCCACUGUUGUCGUUUUUGGAAGCGUGCUCUCGGCAGUCAUGCCGCCCGUAGCUGUUUCGCCGCUCCUUCUGCUCGCAAUCGCAGUUGGAUUCGGCUCUGCGCUGCGUGAUGUGCACGUCGUGGUGCCUGCCGACGUGCGGCACGGCGACGAGGCUGUUCUGCAGUGCCUGUUCGACCUGGAAGGCGACUCGCUUUACUCGGUCAAGUGGUACAAGGGCGAGCACGAGUUCUACAGGUUCACCCCAAAAGAAACUCCUUCGAUGAAAAUUUUUCCUCUGCAAGGCAUCAAAGUGGACCAACGCCGAUCGAACUGGUCGCAAGUGGUUCUGAAGCGGGUGCUGCCCACCCUGUCGGACCAGUACAGCUGCGAGGUGUCCGCGGACGCGCCCUCCUUCCACACGGACUUCGUCACCGGCAAGAUGAACGUCGUCGAUCUGCCGGUGAAGCAGCCGCAAAUCACCAACAUCAAGUCGAGAUAUCGUCCAGACGAAACUUUGCACGGAAAUUGCUCAUCACACAACUCGAGGCCGGCGGCUAAUCUCACUUGGAUCAUCAACGGACACUUGGCCAAAAACAGCCAGCUGAUCAGGUACCCGAGGAUCAAAGAGCAGCACGAAAAAGAGACGUCGACUCUGGGGCUGCGAUUUUUAGUCGAGCCGCGCCACUUUACGUCGGGACGGCUCAAAAUCCGGUGCUCGGCCAGCAUAGGCAACCUCUAUUGGCAGAGCACGGAGAAAAGCAUCGAGGAGGAAAAGCCGAGGCCGCCGCAGCCGGCCACCCCGAGCCCAACCUACGGCAAUGACGUCCUCGACAAGGACUUCAGGGACACGAACCGCCGGUGGCCAGAAAUGAAUAAGCUGCCAGAGGAGCACCAGCGCAGCGUGGACGAGACGAUGGCGUCUGGCGGUGCGGCGGCGUGGGCGGCGACGGCUCCGUGGAGUCUACUGGCGUUGCUGCUGGCGAGCAGAUGAAUUGCUUGCCAGCAGCUCGACGACCGCUAAAUCAUCCGCAGAUGUGUUGUUGCGCCGAUUCCCAACUAAUAAAACAGUACGAUUCGCGCGCGCGCCAGGUAUGCAGCCCUCAGGAUCCGUGGGUUGGCAGCGCAGCGCACUUUUCUUUCGCCGCCGGGAGAGAACGAACGCAUUAUCAUUUGGACGCCCCAUUCGUGUUUUCCACGCGCAGAAACUUUGCAACCAACUUGGUGCGAGCGAGAGAACGCAUUUCGCGAAUUGCCGUUUUCGCCGUCGUUUUUGCCCUUUUGCUAUGCUUGGAAAUCGUGACGUCAACGCACUGAUGGCGACAUCAUUAUUCGCCAACAGUUAAAUUAGUGCCAUUUUUCUAGCCCUCAUUUCACUCGUAGUGCUUUACGAGAAAUAUUGCAUUUUCUUUUCAUUCUUUUGUGACUGAGGUUCCUUUUUGUCCGUUCUGCAUUUUUAUUCCCUUUAAAAUCCUUCAAACUAAUUGAAUGGAAGUUAAUUAAUAUUAAUUAAGCACAAGAUUUUAGUUCUCGAAGCAGAGAAUUGGUUUUGCACUCUGUAUUUUUUUAUAAUUAAAUACUGCGAAUGUGUUAUCGCAAUGCCACACAGUAUUUUUUUAAGGGGUUAACGAGGGAGGGUGUUUAAAUUCAUAUUUAAGGUGAUUUCAAACAUCCAGGGCCAGCAACGGAGAAAUUAAUUAAUUCCGUUGAGAUGAGGGGCGAAAGAGGGAUGAAAAAGGGCGGGGUUACCACCCUGAAACCUCUUUGGCUCGUCAGGUGGUAUCAAGACGAGUUAAAUGGUAUCCAGUUUUUGCAUUUCUGUCCUGCAGAAAAAUCCGGGAAAGUGCUCAAAAUGUUGAAUAUUCUUUGGCCCAACACCACCAAAAUUAUAAAGACGGUGAUAUGAAAGGGAAAGGGUUAGGUCUAUUUAUUAAAAAUAUUGAUGACGCGGCCCAAAAUUCCUUCUUAAAGUUUUUUGUGCGUAUACAUAAAAAAAUUGGUUGUGUAUUUAUAAAGAGUCGUAGCAGAUUUCCAAACGAUCUUGAAGGGCAAAAACUCCAAGCUUUCAUGUAUAAUUUUUAGUUGUGCAUUUUUAAACUGUUGAAAAAGUGGAGCACGCACUGGCAGCAGCUAGCUAGAGCGGUCGCGGCUGCACUCUGCUCUCCCGGCAGGUAAUUAAUUAGCGGCAUCCAUUAAUUAAAUGCAAUACUCUAACGUUGAAAACCGCUGUCGUUGGCGAGCUGAAACUGAUUUGUGCGCCGCUGAGAACCGUUUUGUGCCAUUUUUCAUCUCGCAUAUUAUGAUAUGCAAAUAAUGCAAGAUUAAUCACUGAAAUGCAGCGCGUUGAUAAUUAUAUUGGAAAUAAAAAACAAUGCACUUUCCUGCGCACAUAUUUUUCAAUUAAAAAUUCUAUGCACGAAAAAAGAGACGGACACAUAAAUUAAAAAAAAAUGCUGGGAAAUGGCAGCGUUCCAUGCAUAUGAGAGAUAAAAUAUUUGCUGCAAAAUGGACAGCGGGCAUAAAUAAUUUUUGAAUAAAUAGUAAACGUAUAAAAUGUAAUCUCUUUUUCUGAUCAAUGCUCCGCGGAUUUGAUUAACUGCCAGUGAUGGUGGCGCAAACUUUGCUGUUCCUGCUGUGCGAUCGGUUAGUGCAAUUCUGCGGAGCUGGCUUUCCGACGAUCUACUCUAUAGUGCUGAUCAGGGAAUAAGAAAAACAAGCUUUUUGUGAUUUUUCAUUGAAAUAUGAAUCUCUUUGUCGUUGAGUUUCGAUCCCUGUUGUUGACAAAGUAUUAUGCAUAUUCUGAUAUUUCAGAGAAAAACGGAAAAAAACAAGGAAGAGGAAAAAGCUCUUGAAAGUGUGAUCUCGUGGCUUAAUCACAAAAGUCUCAAGUGGUGGAUUUCGAAUGGCAAAAUGUAAUGAAAACAUUCUGUGCUGCAACUCAAUUUGUGUCUGUGAUAUUAAACAAAGAAGAAAGAAGAUGAGAUGGAGAUAAUUAGCGAUUUCCAACUUUGUUUUAUGAUUUUAUCAGUGUUUUUAUUCCAUUUUUAUGCUCUUCCACGCGGUCGUCGCAUCUCUUUAUUUUGUGAUUGUGAGCUCAGUUUUUCUAUCAGACAAUUAUACAAAAUUUAAGCCGUAAUAUUUCAAAUAAUUUUACUUUGGGCAUUCCUGCUUUUUACAAUUAUUCAAAAAGGCAAUGUUUUCUAUUGUAUAUUUGUUUUUAAAAUAUUUUACUGUCUGGAAGUUUGCUUACAAAGCAGUUGAACAAGCAUAAUAUAAUGUAUUUAAAUGUUUUAUUGUAAAAAUGAAAAAUUAGAAUGUAAUAUCGAAAGUACUGCAUCUAAUAAAACGGAUCAAGAAAAAUUACUGUACAUAUGCAUAUUA